GGUUGGGCUGUUCCAGUGAAGUUCCGGAUGUGCUGAACAGAUACGCGAACCGAGUAAUUUGGAACAGGAAGUAGCACAUCCAAAAUGGCGGAUCCUGUGGAAACAGCGGCAGCACUUGUCAUCAUAGAAGAGCUUUUUGACUCUUCAGAUGACGAAGACUCCAGUGUCACGGUGCCAUUACAUUUUGGACUGAUAGCUUUAUCAAUGCCAGAUGAAAGAGCAAAGAUACGACGAUACGCAGAAGAAGUUAUCCCUAUGUACACAGAUGAAGUAUUCAGAAGAUUGUUCAGGAUGUCUAGAGAUACAUUUAGUGUUCUGGUAGAUUUCAUAACAGAAUGUCCCGAUUGGCAAAGACAUCACACAGGAGGAUAUGAUCCUAUACCCGUUGAUAAACAGCUAUAUGUCACAUUAUGGUAUUUAGGUGGCACAGACACUAUAAAUAAAAUAGCAGACCGCUUUGGAAUUGGUGAAGCGUCCGUCAUUGAAUGCCGAAAGAGGAUUAUAAAAACUAUCUUAAAUCACUUAAAAUCUAGGUUCAUAAAAUGGCCAAGUCCAGGAGAAAUGGCAGAAGAAGCUGAUGUGUUUUCACAAAGGAAUGGUUUUCCAGGUAUCAUUGGAGCGCUUGAUGGGACACACAUACACAUAAGUAAGCCAAAAGAUCAUCCCCAGUCCUAUUUCAACCGUAAAGGAUAUUACUCUAUCCAGAUGCAAGCUGUUUGUAGACACGAUAUGAGACUAACACGUUUUUGUUGGAUAUCCUGGCAGUUGCCACGAUGCACGUGUCCUUAAAAACUCAGACAUUUGGAACAAUGGGUUGCAACUCUGCAACAAUACUUACUGCAUUCUGGCUGAUGGAGCCUAUCCUAUCAGAGGAUGGUUACUCACACCUUAUAGAGACAAUGGCCAUCUCGGAAACCGUGAACGAAGGUAUAACCAUUACCAUUCAUCCUGUAGAGUCGUUAUUGAGAGGUCAUUUGGGCUACUGAAAGGACGAUUUCGACGUCUGCAAAACCUUCAGACAAGCAGUAUCAAAACUGCAUGUCAGAUAAUUAUGGCUAGUUCUGUGUUGCAUAAUAUAUGCAUUUUACAAAAAGAUGAGGUCAGUGAUUUCCUGGAGGAAGAUGGUGAUCAGCCAAAUCAUCACCAACCUGUUCCAAACAUUGUAGAAAAUGAUGCGGAAGGAGUUCUCAAAAGAAAUAUUAUUGCCAAUCGACUGGUGUGAAUUCAUUCAUAUGGUGUGUAUAUUAACAUUGAAUUAAAAGGAUAUAUGACUUCAUCAUCUGUUGAAUAGUUAUUGUGAGUAAUUAAACAGAGUGUGAGUGAGAUUGUAU